CUCCUUUGCGGAGUUCGCAAUCUGAAUGGAGCAAACUGUCCAACUUUGCCUCAUCUAAAGUCACCACAUCGCGCGCUUGCAGUGCUUAUGCUUCUAACAUUACAAAUUUGCUUGUUAUAAGAUGCAGCUGCAGAGUCCAUCACAUCGAGGAAAAUUUCUCCUUUGGCUAACUGCUCUUUUGCCAUCAGCAUCGUCUUUUUACCUUCCAGGAGUUGCGCCUACAUCGUACAAGAUAGGGGACUCUGUCCCACUGCACGUCAACAGAUUAACGCCGGCAGACAGCGAACAAAGCCCUAAUGUACAAUCCGUAUUCGCAUACGACUACUACCACCCCGAAUUCCACUUCUGCAGGCCGGAUGGCGGCCCGCAAGCCGUUUCUGAAUCUCUCGGAAGCAUCAUCUUCGGCGACCGCAUCUUCACCUCACCGUUCGAGCUAAAAAUGGGCAUUGAUGAGGAUUGCAAGGCUGUAUGCGCACCUGUGGUGUUUGAGGGAUCAGAUGCAAAACUAGUCAACCUACGUGUUCUGCAGAACUACAAUUUAAAUUGGCUCAUUGACGGAUUACCAGCUGGCCAAAUAAAAGAAGAGACCAACACAGGGGAAAGAUUUGAAAGCCCGGGCUUCCCGUUGGGGUCUGUAGAUGAGGUGGAUGGCACUGCACUUCUUAAUAACCAUUACAACAUUCUUGUGGAUUAUCACGAGGCGGGAGCAGGACAAUUUCGCGUUGUUGGCGUAAUAGUUGAUCCUUCCUCGCGAGGCAACUCAAAGUUCGAGGAUGGCAAAGCUGUGAGUUGUGGCGACACAAGUGUGCCGAUGAAACUAUCGGAGACUGCACGAACACGAGUUCUCUUCACGUAUAGUGUGAAGUGGAAUCUCUCGCCAACAUCCUUCGCUACGCGGUGGGACAAGCUUCUUCACGUUUAUGACCCCAAGAUCCACUGGUUCUCAUUGAUCAAUUCCGCUGUCAUCGUAUUGUUUUUGGUAGGGAUGGUGUCAACCAUCCUGCUUCGACUCCUUCGGAAGGACAUUGCUCGCUACAACCGGCUGGAUCAGCUACCUCUUGACGACUUUGGCGGGACCGGAAUUAUGGAUGACGGGGUGCAAGAGGACUCCGGCUGGAAGCUAGUACAUGGCGAUGUUUUCCGGCCACCAAAAUAUCCGCUUCCGCUUAGUGUUAUGGUUGGAAAUGGAGCCCAGCUUCUCAUGAUGUCUGCAAUGACAAUUGCAUUUGCUCUUUUUGGAUUUCUCUCUCCCUCUAAUCGGGGCUCUCUCGGAACUGUAAUGAUCCUGCUCUACACUGUUUUCGGCUUUGUGGGUGGAUAUGUAUCUGCUCGUGUCUACAAAUUCUUUCACGGCGAAGGUUGGAAACGUAACUUUGUAUACACUCCGGUUUGCCUUCCUGUCUUUGUAUUCUCUGUGUUCUUCUUCCUGAAUCUUUUCGUGUGGGCCCGUGGAGCAAGUGGUGCCGUUCCUUUCGGGACAAUGCUUGUGCUUGUCUUGAUAUGGUUUGUCAUCUCGCUGCCCCUAUCUUUCGCGGGCUCAUGGAUUGGCUUCAAGAGCCCCGAGAUUCAGGCACCCGUCAGGACCAAUCAGAUUCCAAGACAAAUUCCUGAAACAAGAGGAUAUAUGCGACCCAUGCCUAGCAUGCUUCUAGUUGGUAUUCUACCGUUUGGAGCUAUUUUUGUUGAGCUUUACUUCAUCAUGAAUAGCAUAUGGACAGGGAAGGUUUACUACAUGUUUGGGUUUCUAUUCGUUUGUUUUGGACUUAUGGUGAUGACCUGCGCAGCCGUCACAGUGUUGAUGAUUUAUUUCUUGCUCUGCGCUGAGAAUUAUCACUGGCAAUGGCGAUCCUUCUUCACGGCUGGGGCAAGCGCUUUGUACGUUUUUGCCUACGCUCUUCUUUACUGGUUCAGGACAUUGAGCUUUACAAGUUGGACGAGUGGUGUACUCUACUUGGGAUACAGUUUGCUUAUCAGCGCAUUAUUUUUCAUUAUUACAGGGUCAAUUGGCUUCUUCUCUUCGUGGAUUUUUGUGUUGAAAAUAUACGGCUCUAUUAAAGUUGACUGAGGUUGUUCAAGGAGCUGUCCCAGUGUUUCUCUUUGAGGAGCCUUGCUUGUAUUCCAAGGAUGGGAUCGAUUUCUAAGGCGACGAAAGCUUGCGAAAAGUGCAUAGCGUCUAUCGUGUAUUACAAUGUAAAAACAUCAAAGAUUUAGUGCUG